AUGGCCGAUCAACAAAAUCUCCACUUUGAGACCCUUCAGCUUCAUGCUGGCCAUGAACCUGACGCGGCCACCAAUUCCCGCGCAGUCCCCAUCUACGCAACAUCCUCCUACACAUUCAAUGACUCCGCCCAUGGCGCGAGGCUCUUCGGCCUCAAAGAAUUCGGCAACAUCUACAGCCGAAUCAUGAACCCAACAGUCGACGUUUUCGAAAAGCGCAUUGCCGCUCUCGAGGGCGGUGUCGCUGCUGUCGCAGCUUCGUCUGGCCAGGCCGCUCAAUUCAUGGCUAUUUCUGCGCUGGCGCAUGCCGGCGAUAAUAUCGUUUCCACUAGCAACUUGUAUGGUGGCACGUAUAACCAAUUCAAGGUGCUGUUCCCGCGUCUGGGUAUUACUACUAAGUUUGUCAAUGGUGAUAAGCCGGAGGAUAUUGCGGCUGCUAUUGACGAGCGUACUAAGGCUGUGUAUGUUGAGACUAUUGGUAACCCUCGCUACAAUGUGCCUGAUUUCGAGGCUAUUGCAAAGGUUGCACAUGACAAUGGUGUUCCUCUAGUGGUUGACAACACCUUCGGUGCUGGCGGCUACUUCGCCCGCCCCAUCGACCACGGCGCAGACAUUGUCGUCGAAAGCGCAACCAAGUGGAUCGGCGGCCACGGCACCACCAUCGGCGGCGUGGUCAUCGACAGCGGCAAGUUCGACUGGGGCAAGAACGCCGCCCGCUUCCCACAAUUCGUCGAGCCCUCCGAGGGCUACCACGGCCUUAAGUUCUGGGAAACCUUUGGGCCCAUCGCCUUCGCCAUUCGCGUGCGUGUCGAGAUCCUGCGUGAUCUAGGUUCCACAUUGAACCCCUUCGCGGCGCAGCAGUUGAUUCUCGGCCUGGAGACGCUGAGUCUGCGCUGCGAGCGCCAUGCUACCAACUCGAUUGCACUAGCUAAGUGGCUCCAGAAGAACGAGAAUGUUUCAUGGGUCUCGUACCCCGGUCUUGAAGACCACCCGUCGCAUGCUACUGCGAAAAAGUACCUGACUCGUGGAUUUGGCGGUGUUUUGUCUGUUGGGAUCAAGGGUGGUGCGGCGGCUGGAAGUCAGGUUGUUGAUGGGUUCAAGUUGAUUUCUAAUCUUGCCAAUGUUGGCGACUCCAAGACUCUGGCUAUUCACCCCUGGUCCACCACCCACGAGCAGUUGACCGACCAGGAGAAGGCUGACUCGGGUGUUACCGAGGAUGCUAUUCGUAUCUCGGUUGGUACAGAGCACAUUGAUGAUAUCAUCGCCGACUUUGAGCAGUCGUUCAGCGCGUUGAAGACUGCUUUGCCGGAUCGUACUGCUUAA